GGAAGUCCUGGUCGUUGGAAAUAUGCUAAUUAUAUGUAGAUAAGAAUAUAUAAGCUUGUUUAUUUGAAGACCUGUCUAUGCGUUUUAUUUGAAAACCGUGAACGAAAAGAGAAAGGCAAGAAAGAACGCAAUAUCAGUCAGAAAUGAUGGGAAAGUUUCCACAUUCAACAGCUGCUGUACAGACUGUAUUAUUUGCCGUAAUUGUGUUUACAGUCGUAGAUGCUUCUGCUUCCACCAAUGGCGCUACUGUCCCGCAUAACCCAGGAUUUCAGACCAGAAUUACAGAAAAGGCAUUGGCCUACGCUGCAAAUGAAGCUAUUAAUGCUCUGUCUGGAAAAAUAACAGGUAUGAAAGUCCCAGAUCAAUCUGGUACAGCAAAGCGUAUUACCUAUCAAAUGACAAGUAUGACUAUCACAAGUUUUACUAAACCAUCUGGUGGUAUAACUCCUGUUCCAAAUCAAGGUUUAAAAUGGAGUGUAACUGGUGCUGGUGUAGCGAUGAAUGGUAACUGGCGGUAUAGGUAUAAAAGAGGAUGGUUUAAAAUAUCUGACCAUGGACGGUUUCAUGUUUCUGCGAAUGGAAUCUCCUUUUCUAUUAUAAUAAAUGUUGGAAAAGAUUCUAACGGUCGACCAAAAUUAACAGCAACAGGAGGUAGUUGUAGUAUCGGCAGUGUACGUGUUAAGUUUCGUGGUGGACUAUCAUGGAUUUAUAAUCUCUUCUCAGGUACCAUAGAGCGAAAGAUCAAAGGAAUCCUACAAGAAAAGCUAAUCCAAAUUGUCAAAGAGGCCGUUAACGUUGACGGAGAAAAGGAGUUACAAAAAUUACCAGUGACUGUUGUUUUAGCUAAGAAGUUUUUAUUAGAUUACAGCUUGAUAUCUACUCCAACAUUUACAAGUUCAUAUAUGGAAACACAUCAUAAGGGUGAGAUAUUUUGGAAUGGUGAUAAAACAGAAGCACCAUUUCAACCAGAACCGAUACCAGAAAAUAAUGAUAAAUCCAAGAUGGUGUACCUAUGGUUGUCUGAUUAUAUGGCUAAUUCUAUGGGUUAUACAGCUCUUAAACAUGGAUACCUUAAAUAUAAUUUUUCAUCUCAAGACUUACCACCAGAAAACCAAUCAAAAUUAAAUACAACCUGUAGGGGAUCUAAAUGUAUAGGUAAACUCGUACCCCCGAUUGGUAAAAAGUAUCCGAAUUGUCAACUAAAGUUAAAUAUGAUUGGAACAAAAGCACCAGUAUUAUCAAUAGGCGAUGGUUCAUUGAAAGUAAAUGGUUCAGGAACUGUUAAUAUUUAUGCCCAGAAAAAGGACAGGGCUGAUAUUUUAAUUCUUACUCUGAAGGUGACACUAGGAUUUACAGCACAAGCUUCAUUAAAAGGUCAACUUCUUUAUGCUAAAAUAUCUAACCCAUUAUUGGAACUUAAAGUGCUUAAAUCUAAUAUUGGAAAUGUCCGUGUAUCAGCUAUUCAAAAAAUGAUGAAAUUGGCUCUUGGUAUGAUCGUUUUUCCACAGCUAAAUGCGCUGGGAAGCAAAGGUCUGGUAUUACCCAUAACUGAUGAUAUAGAAUUAUCUAAUUCUCAACUUAUCAUACAGAAACAUUCCUUGAUGAUAGCUACUGAUCUGAUUUAUAAACCCAAGAUAUAAACAGAUUAUAAUGUCAUUAAUAACCACAACAGAGUACAAGAAACCAAUAUUUCAGGUUGUUCAACACAUGAAUAUGUUAAAAUCUUUAUACAGAUAUUUGCUUGAAGACUGCUGUAUUUUAUCUUUUUGAAAUUUAACUCUUAAAACUAUUUUUAGCAGUUGGCUAAGCCUAUUUUAUAAAUGAAUAUUAAAAAGCUUCUAAUAAUACCUGCACAUGUUUUAUAACUUUUAUAAUUGUAAUAAAUGAAUGAUAAUUUAUCAAUAUUAAUAUAAUUCAGUUAUUAUAGAAGUAGAGCACAAGUAGCAUUUAUGACUCGAUUAUAGUAUGCAUUAUUAUAAAUGAUUAUUCUUUUUUAAACUUUGUGUAUAAUGUCUUUAUUCAAAAA